UUCAAGCGCUGGAACAUUUCUAGCUGCCCUCGCAAUGUUUUUGUGUGUACGUUUGUGAUUGCCAAACUAGUAUCAAGAGCAACGUUUUGUGUGUGUGAUAUUUUUAGCAUAUAAAAACUAUAUGCCGCGUAUCUGUGCAGAUCGUGUGUUGUAUAUAAAAGCUAUAAGAUCGACGCCCACCCAUCAAAGGCGGCACCUUGGGCAAUCAACAUGUGUGCCUAGAAAGGCAGCCGCAUUCUCAGUCGCGUCAUGAGCAGCAGCGGUAACAAUAAGAAACCCACGGAGGCGGAACAAGUGCCGUUGCCUCAUGAGCUGACCGCCGAGUGGACAGUGCGUGCCCAGCUGACAUUCGCACGCGCCGGAGAGCCAGUGCAGCGUGAGUUUAGUGCACGGGAGCCACUGCAUCCGGUGCGUGUGGUGUACAAAUGGUGCACGCCCACAGAGGACCAUGAAAUAGAACCAGAGAAGGCAACGGGUGCUACGAGUUUUCGCAGCACCAACUCGUCGGCAACUACCAAUGCGGAUUCCGCGUUUGGCAGUCCGCAAGCUUCACGGCAUACACAACCAGGAGCAGUGGCUGGGGCAACGAUAGCAACUGGUGAGACUGCAACUGCUGGCGGCGUUAGUGCUCAGCAAUGCGGCACACGUUGCCGCAGCACCUGCAAUAUUGUUGUCUCUGCCGUUGCCGACUUUCUGCCCCAGCAGCAGCAGCAGCAGGAGUCAGUCAAUGAGCCCUUUGUCUACCACAGCAAGGUGAGAGCGCAACAGCUGCGCGAUGCCUGCUCGCAGACAAGCGAUACGGAGGAGCGACAGAGACAGAGUCGUCGGCCCGCCUACGAGCAUCGCCGGGCGACGACCGAGGCGCUCAUGAGUUUUGCCAGCAGGCGGCAAGCGGAGGAGGCGAACAACUAUGUGCCCCCCUAUUCGCCCACGCUGUCAGCGACCACGCCCAUUACGCCCUCGUCCACAUUUAAAUCGGCAUCGCUGCCGCGAAUACCACCAUUGUCCAACACUGGAUCAUCUCCUCGACUGCUGCCCAAUCUGGGCGAGAAGAAGCCGCGCACCGUCCACAUUGAUGUCUAUUGCACCGGCUCCGAGGGCGAUGAACAGGAUGAGCAGGCAGAUGCGGAGGCCAGCAGCAGUAGCAGCAGCAGCAGCCACGAUUCGGACAAUAGCCAUGAGCCGCAGUAUCACUAUGAGCUCGACUCGAAUUCGACGCCACAAACGGUUCUUGACAAUGAGCAGAUGCUGUUGCGUCAUCAGCGUAUCUCGGGCGCCGCCUUGCCGCGCCGAUUGGCAAACAAAUCCCCGCAGCAACAGAAGCAGCAGCAACAGCAUCAGCAGCAGCACCAACAACAUCAGCAGCAGCAGCAGCAUCAGUCGCAGAAGCUCAACUUGGGGCAUGGCAUCACCAAGUGCAGCACGGCCGAGGAGGUCAACGAGUCCAAGCAGCUGCUCUUUCGCAAACAUAUUGGCGAUCAGCGUGCCGCCAAAUUGGCCAAUCUCCGCCAGAAAUACAUGCGACAGCCGAGCGAUGAGACGCAGAGCAGCAGUGCAUAUCCAAAUUCCUCACGCUCGACAAUGCCACACGAUGCGACGUGCAGCAGCAUCUCCAGUGCCAUAGCUGGCGAUUGUGUGGACUCCUCGUGGAAGGAUACGGAUGAGCUGGAUACGCCCAGCUUUGCACCAUAUGCACCGUUGACCAAAUCCGAUAGUUUUGACUAUGAGAACUCGCUGGAUCGUGUGCGCAUUCGACAAAUGGAGCGACUCUGGUCACGUCAGCACUCCACGGGUCAAAUGCAUCAGCAUCAUCUUCAGCAGCAGCCGCAGUAUUCUUUGCCUGCUGCUGCCUCGACGUCGCCGAAUCCACCACUGACAACCAUAACGGAGGUGCAGUCGCAGCGCGGCUCUUUCCAACGCAGUGAUACGCUGCCUUCCGAAUCGGAUGGUUUGUCCGAGUACAAUGUGGGCUAUAAUACAUAUCCAGGACGUCAGUUGCAGCAGCAACACACGGUGGCACGCAAUCGUCCGGGGUUUUUGCACUUUUUUGGUCCGUCCGCCAGUCCAGAGCCGCCACAAUCAGCACCAGUUGUAACGGCUGUGUCUGGUGCCAUCGGCGAUCCCUUCAAGCGUCUGCACGCCGGCUAUCGCUGGAAGAGUGAGGCUCGCGACAAUCUCAGCGUACAGGCAGCGUCGGGUACACCCUCCUCGGAGCGCAGUUCGCCGGCUCUGCUCUCGGCGACCGGCACUGUGGUGCGCUGCGGCAGCGAGGCACCGCCCAGCACCACCUCGGCAACCACAUUUGGCACAACGGUGACAGCGUCCUCUCCGUUGCCCGUGCGUCGCUUCGAAAUAUCGCGCGACAGUCCCAGUCUGGCCAGUGAGACGUCGACGAUCGUUUCGGGCUACACGCUGGAGCAUCUGGAGAAGGCGCGACGCUUUGGCAGUGUGGUUGCCAUGCGAAAACCGGGCCAUCAUGUCGGACCCACCAAGAAUCCCAACUGCCUCUGCGAGAGCUGCCAGCGCUGGAUGGCCGAGCGUUUCCAGCUGCGCGGACGCGCCUUCUCUCUCGGCGAGCGUCCCGUGCUGCGACGACAGCUGCCUUAGUUGGUUUCUAGUUAUAGGCUUGAGAAUAAUACACAACUACCAAAAAUGCCAUUGCAGACAGAGAAAGAGAGAGUUAGAGAGAGGGAGAAUUAAGUUAAUGUCCGUCUGUUUGCGUUUACUUCUCUCAUUACAUGUAAGAAAAGUAGUUUUAUAAUUUCAAAUAGUUAAAUAACAAAGUUGCAGAUCAGACAAGUCAGAUGAGGUCUAGUUUCUGAGACCGCAUUUAGAUGGGCUAAGUUUAUUUUGCGUUCGGUAUAAAGUAUUCAUUUCAAAAUAUUUUAAAAAAUUUGAAAUUGAUCGAAAUGAAUAUUAUUGUCAUGAUGAUUGCCAAAAAAAAAAAUAAAUUUUUGAUGCACAAAUAACUAGCGACAGACUUUCCUAAAGGCAAAUAUAGAGACUUAGUGAGAAGCGUACCAUAUAAUAUAUUUUUAGGAAUAUGAUUCUGGUCAGGCUCUCUUGAUAUU